UCUUCAAGGAGCCUGUCCUUGAGGCAUUGCUUUAUGGGAUAGGUUGUUCUUGUGCUCCUUGGCCCGCCCCUAGCGACUUGAACUAAACUAAACUUCCCAGCAAGCAGUGCGUUUCCCUGGGAAUCGAGACAAGAUGGCGGACCCAGAAAAUUUGCAGCCGGCUGGCGCCUCAACGGCCCCGAUUUCUUUCUGUUUCACUCGCACGUCCGCCCGGAGGCGACUAGCCGACCCCAGAGACAGCGAAGGACCAGUCUCAGAGGAGAAAGAUUUCCUGAAGAGCGUGGAAGGGAGGGAGCUGCAUAGUGUGAACCCCACAGAAGCCCCGAAGGAACUGGCCAUCCCAUUGAUCCAGGAUGGCUCUCGAAGGCAACAGCUGUCCAAGAACCCUAAGCCAUCCUCAGAAACUAGCACUGGCUUGAUGUCCGAUGGUGUGUUGUCCCUGGCUGUGAAGGAACUCAUUGAGGAAUCCAAGAAGUCUCUGGAGGAGAGGGAGAAUGCAGGUGUUGACCCCACGCUCACUAUUCCCAUGAUCCAGAAAGGGGAAGGAACAGACAGCGAUGCCCAGGCUGAGCCAGUGCCAGAGGAAGCUGACUAUGAGACAGUCCCUGUGGAGGCCUACGCGCUGGCCUUGCUGCAGGGCAUGGGAUGGAAACCGGACAAGGGCAUCGGCAAUACUUUCAGUCAGGUAGUGAAGCCCAGGAUCAACUCUCUAAGACCCAAGGGCUUAGGGCUGGGUGCCAACCUGAGGGAAGCCCAGGCCUUGGCCUCCAGUGCCUCUCACCACCCACCAAGACCACAUGGAGACCGAGAGAAGAAGAAGAAGGGUGGGGACCGAGAGAAGGAAGACCAGCCGCAAGGGUUGGUGCCUGGAGGAGCUGUGCUCAUCCUUUCUGGCCCUCACCGGGGCCUCUAUGGGAAGAUAGAAGGCCUUGAUCCUGACAAUGUCCGGGCCAUGGUUCGCCUGGCGGCAGGCAACUGUAUCAUGACUGUUAGUGAGUAUUGCCUGCGGCCUGUUUCCCAGAAGGAGUUCGAUAGCCACGCCUCACAGCCAGGGCACGUGAGCAAAACUUCUACAGAGCAGCACAACAGAACAACUGGAACAGCCUUGUCAUUGAAGGCCCUCCAGAAUCAGGAGGACUCAAAGAAGAGGCACAAGGAUUCAGAGAGGAAGCGGGAACACCCUCCAGACCGACAGGAUGGACCUGUGGCCAAGAGUGAGAAAGCAGCCCCGAAGAACAAGCACUGGCUGCACAGGGACUUACGUGUGCGCUUCAUUGACAAAGUGCACAAGGGUGGCCGCUAUUACAACACCAAGAUGACAAUUGAAGAUGUCCUGAGCCCAGAUACUUGUGUAUGUCGGACAGAUGAAGGCCGAGUUCUGGAAGGUGUGAGAGAAAACAUGCUGGAAACCCUGAUUCCCAAGGGAGAGGGCCACCGAGUGAUGGUGGUGCUGGGACCACAUGCUGGAAAGGUGGGACUCCUUCUGAGUCGGGACAGAAUGCAGAGUCAGGCUUUGGUACAACUCAGGAGAGAGAAUCGGGUGGUGGAGCUCCACUAUGACGCCAUCUGCCAGUACGUGGGCCCCAGUGACUCGGAUGAAGACUGACAUGUGGACCAUCACUCAGACCGUCACUGGCUGUAUAGCAGUCUAUAGCAGAUGCCAUGGAGAAGAUGGGGAGAUUGUUCUGUUCUCCUUUGAAGUGCAAGGUCAGGGACCUGAGUAGAUAGACCAGGCUAUUUACCAAAAUUUACAGCAUAAUAGAAAACCAUUUUAAAUAGUGGAAAGAUAACAUCAAAACCAGUGCGCGAGCUGCGAAUGCAGGUGGGAACUGAGAUGCCUGAGGUGGAAAUACUUCAUUUCUUAGCCUCAUUUCCAUGCUGAGGGUGCAGGACAAGUUAAAUUACCCAUUCAAUAUAGAGCUCGCUCUAGGAACAUAGAAACUAUGGACUCUGUCCCCAGACAAACACUAUACAAAUCUCCAGUGCCGCAUCUCAGAACAGCUUCCUCAGUUUGGAUCUUGAAAGGCCUUUGAAGGCCAUAGCUUUUUUUUUUUUUAAAUAAAGAUUUAUUGUAUUUUUAAUUAUAUAUGUUUGUGUGUGUGCGUGUCAGUGUGAGGGUUUAUGAUUGUGACUACAAAUGCUUUUCAGAGACCAUGAGUGUUGAGUCUCCCUGGGAGAUAUAGGCAAUUUAAGCUGCCCAGCAUGGGGGCUUGGAACCAAACUUGGGUCCUCUGGAAGAGCAGCAAGCACUCUUAACCACUGAGCAUCUCUCCAGCCCAUAUGCCCAUGUCAUAAAGGAUUCUUGCCCAGGGUUAUCCUAGUAGCACGUACUUCUGACCUUUAAAAAAUAAAGACCUGGCAGAGAGUCCUUAAGUCAUGACUUAAAACCGCCAAACCUGAACCAAAUUAGACUUUUCCUGCCUUAUAAUUUAGUUAUGUUUGAGUAAGGAAAAACUGACUGCUGCUCCCAUUGACAACUCUAGUAGGGUCAUCUGUUGCAUCCUUGAUCCAGGGCAGACCUCCAGGAGUGUCUGUGAGCUGAUGAUGCCCUGAAGAGAAAUGGGGACUUAUGCCCACAAAUGCAAUGGGCUAGUUCUAAUUUACAAAGAAGCCAGUCACUUUCAGUCCCAAAACAUUGGCUUAGAAGUUAAAAGGUACUUCUGAUUCAUCCAGUUAAGAAUCCUGAGCCUUUUUCCUGCUUAAUGGCCUGAGAUAAAACUCAACAAGAGAAGUCAGGGCCUUAGACACAAUUAUUUCUAAAUCAUCCCUGAAGCAUAAGUCAUUCGUGCAAUAAAUGGUAUUUGACUUAGAUCUGGGCCACAGGUAAAAAUACCUAAUGUGUGAGCCUAUGGCAUACACUGUAGAGAAUCAAAACACCCCAGCCAUGAUGAUACAGGUAAAUGUGGCUAGGGCCUGGUUCCAUUCCCAGUACCACCAGGGGAAAAAAGAAACUGCUGUCUCUGUUGAACAAAGGCAAAUUGAACUCUGCCAAACUGAGCCAAAAUGAACAGACAUAAAAAGACACGAGUCACCGAGUAUGGUGGCCCAUAUCUGUAAUCUGGCACUUGAGAUGCUGAAACAGGAAGAUUUC